ACGCCCUACGUGGACGUGUGUGCCGACGUGGCGUUCGCUGGGAACGCGCGCUCGCUUCACGGUGCUACAGUGGCGGCGGGUGUGCCGGCCAUCACCACCGCCGGCAUCUACCCGGGCGUCAUCAACUGUCCGUAUGGAGGAUGGGGAAGGGGGGGGAAGUUGGGCGCCAGGUGGGAUCAGGAGCAACGUGCCAUGCUGUGCUUUCCUGUGCUCAUCCUGGUGGCAGUGAUGGCAGCAGAGCUGGUGCGGCUAGCGGGGGAGGAGGGGGCGCGCAUGGUGGAGCAACAAGCUUCUCGUAUUUCACGGCGGGCACGGGGGGGCGGGUCCCACCAUUCUGACCACGAGCCUGCUGCUGCUGGGCGAGCCUGCCACGGCCUUCAAGGACGGGUUGAGGGGGUGAUGGGGGUGAAAGGGGGGAUGAGAUGGGGCGAGGGGGAAGUGAAUGGGGGUGAGAUUGAGGAAGGUGGAGGAAUGGGUGGAGUGGAUGUGGGGAGUGAAGUUUGUGGAGGGGAGAGAGUGGGAUGGAACGAGGGCAUCAGAGGGUUUCUCACCUUUUCUUCUUUCCCCGCCGCCGCUGCUUCCCCCUGCUCGCCGUUGUCUUCCCGGUGUGGUGCCUCACUCGCCCCGUGCCCUCCUCCUCUGCCCUCUCCCCCUUUCCUCUCCGUGCCAGGUCAGCGCCUGCAGCUGCCAGCAUACAGCCGGCAACACCUGGUGGACUUUGGGCCGGGCGUGGGGGAGAGAACCACGUACCUGCUCAACCUACCGGAGGUGGUGUCAGCACACGAGGUGCUGGGGGUGCCCACGGUGUGGGCGCGCUUUGGCACGGCGCCGCACAUGUGGAACUGGGGCAUGCACCUGCUGCAAGCUCUGCUGCCACAGGCUGAGGCCAUCCCAGUGGGGCAGCGAGAGAAGCUAUUGCAACGCGCCACUCUGGGCGCACGGUUCGUCGCCAUCAACAA